GAAGAGGAUGAUUGGAAGGAGUUUGAGCAAAAAGAAGAGAUUGACUAUAGUGGGCUUAGAGUUCACUCCAUGCAAAUAAGUGAAAAAGAAGAUGAUGAAAGUGAAAAAAGAGAAGAACCAGGAGACAACUGGGAGGAGGCUGGAGGUGGUGCGGACCGAUCAUCUGGCCCUUGGAACAAGACUGCUCCAGCACAAGCACCUGUUGCUGAACCAAUUGUUACAGAAACUCCAGAACCAGUGCAAUCUGGUGGUGUAUACAGGCCACCUGGUGCCAGAGACAGCAAGCCACGGAGAGCCCAACGAGGACCACCUGAAAUUUAUAGCGAUACGCAAUUUCCGUCAUUGCAAUCUACUGCUAAGCUUGUAGAUAGUCGAAAGGAUAAAGAAAUGGAGAAGAGCUUUGAAGUAGUAAAACACAAAAGUAGAGGUAGGGAUGAGGUCUCAAAAAACCAGGCACUUAAACUUCAGCUAGACAACCAGUAUGCUGUGCUUGGGGAUCAGUAGAGCUGCAUACACAUUACAAUUAAGGAAUGCCUUUUUGGUAACCCUCCUACUAAGGUAACUAAACUACAGCUAACGGCUAUGACGAACAUGCCAUCUUAUUUCUGCUGGAUCUACUGCAACAAAUGCAGACUACUUUGACAUAAAUGAUUGGCUCUUCUGCGCUAUGGAAGCCUGAUGUUUCAACUCCCCAUUGGAUAUGGGGCAAAUUAGUGUAAAUGGUUGAACGAGUCAUCAGUGUUCUUUAAUUUCUCUGAAAAAUAUCUGCAGCCAGUGGUCAUUUCCAAAAUCUUUUUAUGUUCAGAUACUGAGCCUUCGUAAGGGUUGACUACCUCAGACUUGCUGCACUCAUUGUGGACACCAUGUGGAUCACAACUUCUGGAAAAAAGAAGGUUCCAACUGUUAUAGUGGCCAUCUGAAACUUGAAACCAGCUCUACUGGAUUCCUGUUAGAAUUCCUGCAGAAGUCAGCCAUUUGCUUCCAAUUUGUUAUAGAUAACAAAGAUUUUAAGUGACCUUAAUGAGAAGUCUGUUCUGUUUUCCCACCCCCCUCCUGAGGAAUCGUUUCAUAUGUAGCCAUAGCCUACUAGAGACUUCUGGAGCAUACCACUUGCAAACUAUUUGAGUAUAGUAAAAAGCUGUAGUUUGUUUACCUUUUUAGACAGCUGUACUGAAGUAACUGCAAAACAAAUUAAAACUCGGAUUCAGAAUUGAGGAAUGAUGGGUUUGAAUGGUCUGUUUGCAUUAGCCAUUUUCAGUUGUGCGUUUAAGCAUUUUCUAUUUUCCUCCAUGCACACAAUGCCUUCCCUGUCUGGUAUCAAAUUGCAGUGUAUUUAAGUGACAACGUGAAACAUAUUAGUAGUGAUAUAAGUUUUUUUUGUUUUGUUUUUGUUUUCAUUUGGUUUUAUUAAUCUUGUUUUUUGUAACUAGGUCUUAUCUCUCUCUCUCUCACUCCCUCCCACCCCUCUGAGGCACUAGGACUUUAGACUGUGAUUUAAUGGGCACAUAGAUGCCUGUACUCCCACUAUAGUCUCCAGAACUUAAUCUAAAAAAUAAGUGCAAGAUCCUUGGCAGUAACAUUAUUAGCCUCUAGAUACAUUCUCUCCUAUUGUCAUAAAAGUAACCACUGUCUGACCAACCCUGUCUUGUAUUGGAAAGCUGCAGUUGUUGAUGGGAGGAUAGCUAUAAGCCUACAGCAACUUCAUUUCUUCUUGCUGCUUCUGAUCAGCUUUUUAACUAUUCCAGGCAAAGAUCCUAGAUACAGUACUUCAAAUGGCACUUUCUCAGUUGCAAGGAGCUUAGUAAUGAUGGAAGCUGUACAAUUUCUAGACAGUUCUGUUACUGAAUUUAGUGGAGAUUGACAAAAUUGUGCUUCUGUAUCAGAACUGUAGGCUAAUGUCCAGUAACUUCGAUUCAUUGAAUGGAAGUAACAACCACCAAGUGUCUUGUUGUAGACCACCUUUCUCUUGCUUUGCUAAACUGUUAUUACAUUAGAAACAAAAGAGGUUACGGAGAGUGGUGUUUAAACACUCUAGGUUUCUCAAUGGGAAUGCCAAAAGCAGGGCCUCCAGAGUUGCCAAUAAUCAAAUGAACAAGGGAGUACAACAGUCUCUUUAUUGAUGUGCAGAAACUGCAAGGUCUGUUACCUUUGAUUAAUGACUGACUUGUUUAAAGUCCAAUUCUUUUGAAGUUGAUAAGAAUUUGCUCUUAACUUCAAAAAGAGCAAGGGCUUGACCUGGUGUCUCCUUUCCGUGGACUAGAACUGGCCAUAUUCUUAGUGUUAACUUCCUCAGUAAAAUUUCUAAACUAGCAAGCUCCGAAUACAGGGCUCAAAAGAUGUUUUUAAAACCUGAAGACUUAGGAAAUCACCUGAAGUAGAGUUACACUCAGACUGUUGGACUGUGAGCCAUAUAUCUUCCUUGAAAGCAUGCUUUUGCCAACAGCACAUUUUGUUUGGUUUGUAACUGAAGAACUGUGUGGAAUUUGUGGUAAAUGGAUGUGUUGCACUGAAUUGGAAGUUGAAAUAUUAAGCCCCCAACGCUUUCUUCACCUUUGACAUUUUUAUAAAAAAAAAUUGAAAUUGUUAAUGCACACAAAUCAAGUUUUAAUAUGUUGUAUGAUGGGUAGAUGAAACUGUCCAUUGUACCACUUCUUUGAAGUCUUGGGCACAAUUUUGGCAAUGCAAGAAAACCUUGUAACAACACUUCCAAAUCUAAUAAAUGGAAAUACACAUGGAUCCUGGAGUCUAAUGAAUCAUUAUCUCUAGCUCUACCUUACCUGUGCAGCGCAUAUUCAAAUACAGGGUAACUGUAAUGCUUUAGGACUUUAUAUUGGGGUUUGUAAUCAAGUUCAAGCCACCCCAGUAGAGCCAAGUUAAUAGGUCCUAGAAAUGCAUGUUAUUGUAUGGCCUUCAUACAAUGAGGUUUAGCUAUCACUGAAGACAUUUCUCUUGAUAACACUCCCAUUUAGUUCUUACCUUAAAUUCUGUGGAUGCUGAGAUUGCCAGUAUCUGAAAAUUGAGUGGGAUUUUUUUACUUGAGUGUCACUUAUUCAACCUAAGAAGGCAUAACAAUGGAAAUUUGCUACUGCUCAUUCUGUGCAUGGAGGUCUCUAGACUGUUCCUGACUAUCAUAAAUUUAGACUUGCUUAUACAUAGACUAUCUCACUCUAUUCCUUUGAAGUAUGAAAGGGCUAUUGUAAUCAAAAUGAGUUGUAUAUUCCAGAGUGUAGAAUAUCUUUGCAAAACUAGUCAUCAGUUUUCUUUAGGUACUUAGUUUAAAUACUGCUAUUAGGGAGUCAACCAAAAUACCAAUUGAUCUUUGUUUUAAUAUAAUGGAUAGUAUUUUAAACAUGCAUUCUUUAAAGACCUGAGCAUGUUGACUUUGUUUGGGUCCCAGUACAGUGAACUUCAGAUAGCUUGGCGUUUUUUUGCUAUAUUCACUUUAAAUGCAUUGUUUUACACCUACACAACUUCUAAAUGACAUUUGAAGCUUUACUUUAUAAAUUAAAGCAUACUCUAAACAUUGUUCGGUGAAAUCUAGUUAUGCAAGUUCAAGAAGAUCCUCACUCGUAAAUGUACCUCUUCCUUUAUGUAGGCCAUUUACUGACUUCUAGUUAAAAAGCUUGCAAAUGUCCAAUAAUUAUUUUAAGCAAGAGGUAGGACAUCAAAUUACAGAACACCUGUAGACCCUCUGAAUACCCUGAAACUGAUGCACAGGAGAAUGGUUUGGAAUACAGUUCUUGGUGGUAGCUCAUAUAAUUAAAAACUGAAUAGUAAAAUUGCUAAAAUCUAGUAAUUGGAAUGGAAAAUAUAUUAUCAAAAUUCUACAAAUUUGAAUUCCCAAGACACGGUGCAGGAAUUUGGUGCCUGUGCUAGAGUUAAUUCCAUCACAUGUAGAGCAGCAUUUGUAUUUCAUUGGGCCUGGACUACUCAUGCUUGGCAUCAAUCCAAAAGUAUAAAAGGGAUACUGACAGCUAACUGUGGCUAUGUGCGACACUUCUGUUUUCUGUCGUUUGGUAGCUGGCUUUAUUAGCCUUGUCCAAGGUAAAUGUCCUCAAAUUUUUUUUUUUAAAUGAAUCUGCUAUAAGCAGUUCAUUUAAGUGUUGAGUAGGGGUGCUCUUUUGAGUUUUGUGCAGACUGGCUUCAUAUUGAAUUGUAUAUUCUCUAGUUCAUGAAAGUUCUUGCAUUCCAGGCUGAGAUUUCUAGGACAGCUGACUUUCUUGGACUGCUCAGAGCUUGACAGCAAAAAAAAGCCCCUUGUGUGGGGACUGGCUUAUAAUUACUAUACAAAUCAACAUAUCUGUUAGACUGAAGGUUUUUAAACAUGCUUGAUUCUUUGCCCAAGUGCCAUAACUAGAGGGUAGUGGUAGUCUUUGCCAGACUAAACUUUGAAAUAAUUAACAAGGAGCUUUUGAUAGUUACUGCCCGUUACCUCUUUACUAGUGAAAACCAUUAAAAAAAUAUAAUAAAUACCUCACUUUUCACAUGUGAUAAUCCUGCUGUUAGAAACAACUGAAUCUUACAGCCAGAUGUCUAGGAUCUUUAAACAAGUGUUUUGAUGUGAGCACAAACUAUUCUUUUGAAUAUCCCUGUUCUAAGUCUAGCAAACUGCUGGAUGCCUUGUUACAAGUCUUUCUGAAAUUAUGAGUUAAGACUUAAGGUUGGCAAUUUUGCUAUAAAAAUCAGUUUUAUCUGGGGGGAGGGAGAGGCAAGGGAAAGGAGUUUUAAUUGGGUAGGUGCUAGUAAACUUCAGCAAAUUUCAGCCUUCUAAAAUGAGUGCAUUAUAGAACAACACUCAUUUGAUAUUAAAAAUGAAAAAUCUUGCUUGGUGUGAGAUGAAUAUGAAAACAAAUUUUAAAAACAAAAUAUUUAAAGUAGAAGUUAAAAAUCAAAGAUGAUGUUUAUCAUAGAAGUAAGUAAUAAAGUAAGCUUUGAACCUGGUGUGAGAGAUGCAUUUGUUGUAGCAGAUGCUAAAAUUGGCAGCACAUGACAUUAAAAAAUCCAAUAUCAACUUGGAUAAGAAUACAUGCCAUGCAUUUUAAAAACUAAUUUUGCGUAUCAGUUACUGGUAUUGUUAUAUUAUACUUGGGUGUAGGAAGGAUUUGAUAAAGGGGAAAGACUAGGAAGACUACUCAACCUACAGCACUUGAAAAAUAAGGUAUGUAAGUAAUGGAUAGUGUCAUUAUGUAUACUGUGGAAAAAGGUGAGUUGGCUGAUAGUGAAUGCCACAGAGAUGCAGAGCAUUGCAUUUGCUAGUCCAAGGUGACUCCUCAAGUUCAAGUUAGAGCCAAGAAAGUUUGAAAGCCAGUAGAACAGAGGAAAACUAAGGGCUUGAAUUGAAAAUGCUUUCUACAGAGAUAGUGGAAUUGUUGUCAAUGUAGAUCUCAGUAAUCAGCUCCCACAACUGUUUUGAGUGAAUUAGGAUAGUGCCAAGAUAACAAGAUAAAUAUGUCCUUUUUCAUGAUGAAAUAAGUUGUAAGAGUUCAAAGUUUUAAAAAGUUAAAUAUUUUUCCUCUUGAAUUAAUUUGGUAAAAAAUUGGGACUGAUUCAUAGUAUUGUGAAGAUGUCCAUGCAUUUCCUUUUUUGACAGAAGCAAUCUCUGAUAUGCUGAUUGUAUUUUUAUAUGCAAUUGCUCAGGUACAGUAUGUUGUAGCAAGAUUGGUGAGGUCACAAUGGAUUACUCAGCUAUAAUAUGGACAUUUUUUAAAGUACCAAAAAUUUAAAUGCUCAGAAAAAUAAUAAUGUAUCCAAGAUUUUUGAUACCGAAGUUCUAAUCCAAAUCAAACAAGUACAAGUGAUGAAGUGUGUUCUGUAGUAAAGGCACAGGGACUGAGAAGCAGGUCUGGUACUCUUUUUAAGUUCUUCCAUUGAUUUGUUGUGCAGCCUUGGGCAAAUUAUUUACUCUUGCUGUGCCUCAGUUUCCCCAGUUCUAAAGAGAUAAUACUUCCCUACCUCACAGGGGUGUUGUGAGGUUUAACUCAUGCUUUGCAAAGUGCUUUGAGAUCCUCUGAUGGAAGGUGCUAUUGAAGUGCAAAAUACAAAAACGAAUAGGCCGAGUGCUGUUGACUGAUUUGAUUUAUAAUAAAACAUUCAAAUUAGUUUUCAUUAAAGUAUUUUAAUACUACUUUAGGGAAAUCUUAUAUCUGCAAAAGUAAUAUACAUUCUAUUAUAUUAUUUAAGUAUAUGGGAUCAUAUAACUACAGACUGUAUUAUAAUGCAUAUGUGGAAGGGGCAUAGUUAAACAUUCAACCUUUAUUUGGCAUUUCCUGAUCUUGUGAUUAACUGUGCAGCCCUAACAUUGUAUUAACAUAACACUUUUUUGGUUUGCAUGGAUUAUAUUUAAAAUCAAUCUUGUUCUAUUUUGUAAACCCCAUGACUGAAAUAAACUUCUGAUCACA